AUACAGAUUAUGUUAAGACGAGGAUAAACAUAGUGUGUAUAAAAUUUCAGUUGCGAAUAUAUGCACGGCAAUUAAAUAUGCCUAUUUCAACUUCACUAUUAUGAGGAUGACAAACAUCAUUCUCUUCGUUGUAUUUAUCGUGAUAAAUUUUACAUCUACUAAUGUCGAAGCUGGUUGCCCUGGGGAUGUAGGCAUAUGUAAUUGGACACCCUGGAAGUCAUGGUCAAACUGUAUUAUGACAUGUGGUGGGGGAACUAAAAGUCGGUAUAGUCUUUAUUGUUGCAAAUCAUCCUUGGCAAAUGAUAUUAAUGCCUGCAUCAGGGACUGCAAUCAUACUAUGGACUAUUAUUAUAAAUAUCGCUAUGAAACUCAACUAUGUAACACAAUUUGUUACAAUGGUGAUUACCAAUACUGGAAUAAUAUAUGCAACUGUAGUGACGCUUUCUAUGGAACGUGUUGUGGACAAGAGUGCCCGCAUAUUGAGCAUUGUAAGAGGAGAAGAUGCAGUUCACCAUGGGACACUAAGUGUCUUGAGUGUAACUAUGAUCAAAUACUGUUCAAGAAAACACAGAACGACACAAAAUGUGAACAAAUUCCACAGAAUUUAACACUACAUCUAGAAAAUUCACCAAGUAAGGACCAGGAUCUAACUAACAAUGCAGUUACUUUAAAGUGUACUACUGGGUGUAUUUCUUCAACUCCAUCAUUUAUAUGGUAUUAUUUGCAGUCGGAUGGAUCAGAAUCUAAAUGGUCAGAUUCAGAGCCUACAACACAUACAAUUGGGCAAUGCAAAGAAUUUAAAAAGGUGUUUACCUCUACUUUAGUCCUUCGAAAAUUCACGAUUUUUAAUGACAAUACCGACAAUACCGUCGGGUUUCAAUGUGGUGCAACGAUUAUAAAUGGUACCUCUGAUGAAGUAAAAAUACAGUCAUCUGUAAAUAUCAGAUUUGCCGUUCGAGUAGCGAGGGUAUCACUAAAGAUUGAAAAUAGUUCUAGGGUCAGUUCUCUAAACGUUACCGAUGGUAUUUCGGAAGUAUUCAAAUGUACAACUAGCGAUAGCAGACCAUUACCUACAAUUGUAUGGUAUAUAGGACGGACAGAAAAGAAAAGAGUUGUCGGUACGGAAUCAACCCAUGCAUUCAUACCUAGUAUUUCGGAAAGUGGCAAGGAAGUGUAUUGCAAAGCUUUCAAUAUUCAGCCAGAAAAUGAAGCACUGUCCUCCAACAAAGUUUCUCUCUAUGUUAGAGAGCGUGCGUCAGUGAAUUCGUUAUAUUUUGAAGAGCAUGAUGGUGAAGCAAACGUUACGAUCGACGAGAACUACGAAAACUUGCAGCUUACGUGUAACAUUAGCGGUAACCCUGCAUCAAGUGUUGAAAUUAAGUUCGGAGUGAAAAGAUUAAUUGAAAAGGCUAACAUAAACCAAUUAAGCUUUGUUCGACAGAGAGUGGCUUGUUUCCACAAGGGUGAAUAUACAUGUGUAGGAAAAGAUGAAUUGGGAAAUGUAACAAAUAAAACACUCAAUUUGUCUGUCAAUUGUCUUCCACGGCCUGAUUGGCAAGCAAUUUCGAAUACAACUUGCUCUAUAGGCGAGCCUGUAACAUUAACAUUUACUGCUAUUGCAUAUCCAACGCCAAGUUCUGAUGGUUUCAAAUGGUACAAAAAAAUCUCGAAUGAAUGGAUACCAUUACAAAGUAAUAAAGAUGUACAAGUAUCAGUAAUAGGACUGGAAACAAACCUUACGAUUGUCAAUGUAACUCAGGCAAACCUAGGCCAAUAUCGAUUAACAGUUGAAAACAGCGUCGGAAUAUAUAACCAGUAUUAUUUCCUUAUUGAAAAAGAUGACCCCAGUGUUGAUGUUGGCAUAGAAACAAUAGAAAGUAGUGAUUUCAAAACUGCCACAAUUAUAUUGGGAAUAAUUACUGUCAUAUGUAUUGGUACCUCAGCUGGGAUAAUAAUUUGGUUUAAACGAAAAACCAAAGGAACAGAUAGAAAAUCAUGCACUAAGUCUUUACAUCAAAGCCAAAUUGAGAGCUUUAACAAUGAAUCAUACGAAACAGAAAUGCAGGAAUGUACCGGACGUGUAUACGAGAAUCUACCGCAACAAUAUGCUGAUUUAAAUGCGUUACCUAGAGACGACAUGACAAACUAUGACGUUAUAGAUAAUAGGCUAUAACACGAAAGUACAGGGAUGUCUUUAGACACUGGACUUUAGAGAAAACAUUAACAAUAUCACAGUACAAUUGCAGCUUAAGCUGCUAUUCAUUUCUGACCAGCUUGUAUUUGUCUUCUUACUAAUCGGGUGGUCUAUUUAUAAAAGAAAAUAUAUCCUCAGAUCUAAGUGAGAAUGCUAUUCAUUUCUGAUCAGCUUGUAUUUGUCUUCUAACUAAUCGGGUGGUCUAUUUAUAAAAGAAAAUAUAUCCUUAGAUCUAAGUGAGAAUGUGAUAUUUUUAUUUACAGAAUAUCUUAUGGAAUGAAUAAAUUGCUUUGUGAACGAAUUCAAAUGGUGAC